AAUCGAUUCCUCUCGCUUCCAAUCAACUACUUUCCAAUCAAUCAAUUACUAUUUGGUUUGUGUACCCAGAUCACCAAUUGUUUCCAAGAGCAGCAACACUUCUUACUCAUUACCAAUCCCAACCACCCCGAAAGGACGAAUACCAUCUAUCCAUCAUGCGUCUUGACAAAUUCCCCAAGGAGCAAUUGACCUUCGGCACUCCCACACCAAUCCAACACCUCCCUCGUCUCUCCAAACACCUCGGCGACAAAGUCCAAAUCUACGCCAAACGCGAAGACUGCAACUCGGGCCUCGCCUUCGGCGGCAACAAGACAAGAAAGCUCGAAUACGUGAUCCCCGAAGCAAUCUCCGGUUCCUACGACACCUUGGUCUCCAUCGGCGGCAUCCAAAGCAAUCAGACCAGACAAGUUGCAGCCGUUGCCGCAAAGCUGGGUAUGAAGUGUGUGUUGGUGCAGGAAAAUUGGGUAAACUAUACAGAAGAGGAGGAAGAUAAAGGCGUGUAUGGGAAAGUGGGCAAUAUCGAGCUCUCCAGAAUUUUGGGCGCAGACGUGCGCCUCGACGCCUCUGGUUUCGACAUAGGAAUCCGCCCUUCCUUUGAGAACGCAAUGAAGGAAAUCACCGACGCGGGCGGCAAACCUUUUGCUAUUCCUGCAGGAUGCUCAGAGCACAAAUAUGGGGGUCUGGGUUUCGUGGGCUUCGCACAGGAAGUUAUGGAACAGGAAAAACAGCUCGGCUUCAAAUUCGAUUACAUUGUCGUUUGCGCUGUUACUGGAUCCACACAGGCUGGAAUGGUUGUGGGAUUUGCUUCUGACGGCAGGGCGAAAUCGGUCAUUGGUAUUGAUGCAUCAGCGAAGCCGGAGAAGACACAUGCGCAAAUCCUGCGUAUCGCUCAGAACACUGCCGAGUUGGUUGAGUUGGGUAGGAAGAUCACCGCCGAGGAUGUGAUUUUGGACACAAGAUUCGGAGGCCCGGAAUAUGGAUUGCCAAAUGAAGGAACUAUGGAAGCUAUCAGACUUACUGCUAGGACUGAGGGUAUGUUGACGGAUCCUGUUUAUGAGGGUAAGAGUAUGGAUGGCUUGAUCCAGAUGGUCAAGAAGGGCGAGUUUCCUGAGGGGAGCAAGGUCUUGUAUGCGCAUCUUGGUGGCGCACCGGCGUUGAGUGCAUAUGCCGGUAUCUUCAAGGAAGGAUAGAAUUAACCCGAACCAUAGAAUACAAUAGAAUUUCUGGCCAUGCGAUUCUUCCAAGAUAACGUUGUGUUCGAGAAACACUUCGUCCAGACGCCACUGGACGUAGUGUUUGAGUUUUUCGUUUGUAGGUGGGUGACAAGUCGGCCAGAACAGACAUGAGUGCGAUGGUUGGUUCGAAGCAUGGCAAUCAUACCAUGAACGUGGUUACUUCGGCCGCCUCAAAUUCAAAAUUUCCUUGAGCUUGACCUGACCUUUCGCGCCCCAACCAGCACGACCUCCUUCAACUUGCGGCCUCACUUUCACAUACCAGCUCCAGGCCCUUUUAUCCAGCUCAGUAGGAUCAAGGAUAGACC